CCCCUUUUUCAAAUUUUCUUUCUUAUCAUCAUCAUCAUAUAAUAUCAUAUCCUGAUCUUCAAUUCAAUUCUAUUUGUACAGUCUUUUAUUUUACUUAUUACUGAUCCAUUAGUUGCACUGUAUAUAUACAUAUACAUAUAUUUUCAUUUUCAUUAUAAUUCUAGUUUAUUUGUUUUACUUAAAAACUACUUUCUUUGGAUUCCUUUCGGCCCCCCCUUUUUCUUAAAAACCAUUUCUUAUCAAAUUUGAUAUAAAAUUGUAAAAGAAAGUAGAGAGCAAAAAAAGACAAAGAGGGGGGAUGAUGUUUCAGCAGUCGGGUCCGAGCUCGGGAUCGAGUUCGAGUUCAGGGCUGUUUCAGCCAUUUGGGGAUACUAGUUUGACAAAGGUUUUUGUUGGAGGGCUUGCUUGGGAGACUCAGAGCGAGACUAUGAGACAAUAUUUCUUACGAUUUGGUGAUAUUCUUGAAGCUGUUGUCAUUACUGAUAAAAACACCGGCCGAUCUAAGGGUUACGGUUUCGUGACUUUUCAGGACCCCGAAUCUGCAAGGAGAGCAUGUGUUGAUCCUGCUCCGAUUAUCGAUGGUAGAAGAGCAAACUGUAACUUGGCCUCACUGGGAAGGCCUCGACAUGCACUACCGUUUGUUGGAUCUAUCAGAUCACCAACACCUUUUGCUGUUCGUGGGCCUUAUUUCGCAAGCCAUGGCUACCAACAACCUCCUGUUUCUUACAACUAUCAAUCAGGAUUAACCUAUCCCCCGUACACGUAUGGAACGUAUGGUCCAGAGUAUGUCUACCCACAGGGUAUUUACAACCCGUAUGCGGGUCAACAGUAUUUACAUAUGUAUGGGUUAGCGGGCACAGCUAACACACAAGGGUUUCAAUACAAUCAAAUAAGUCAAGCUACUCCAAAUGGUCAUGGUUAUACACCCUUGCAUAAUUAUACAUUGUCUGGUCAACCUAUUGUACAAUUUGGUGGGCCAAAUAUAAAUGGAAUGCCCACUCCAUCAAUCCAAACAAUUCAAACGCCAUAUCCAGCAGGUAUUGCAACACCUAUUCCGGGGCAACAUUUUAUAAUUCCUGCUACACCCCAGUUCAUUCAAGGUGGCGGUACUGGACAAAAUGUAGGGUAAAUGUCUCAUCAAGGUAUCCUUAGAUUGCAGCAGGACUAAGAACAUCAGUACUGCUACUUGAGUGGCAGGCUUGGAUCUAACCUUGCAAGUUAUUCAUUAUGCAUUCUAGAGGUCAAAUGUUGAUGCUCACCCACGAAGUCAUUGUCUGAGUCGCUCCUAACGGCUGGAGAGUUCAGGGAGAUUCAGUAUCCUAUAAAUUUCCUUGUCCUUCCUCGGUGUCUCUUACGUUCAUUUUCAACCACCCCUGUGCCAUACCAGUGUUAUGGAUGACUGGUAGAUGCCAAUGGUCAUGGAAAUGGCCAACAAAUGCUAGAAGCAUCUUCUGGCAAUAUAAGAAACCCAGAACCGGUGUGAACGUUUGGCAUUAGAAUCAACAUAUGAUUCUUGCUAACGCUACGUUGGUUGUAUUGAUAUGGAGUACUACAUCUAUAUUAAUGAACAUUUAUCUGUCCUGACUUCCAAAGGGUGGAAGCUCUGGAUCUUUUACUUUAGUCAAAGUAAAAUCUGUUUGUGUGUGGGUCUGUAAUACAUCCUCAAGAACAAGAUAAUGUCCGGUCUGUUAAUAUCAAUGUUAAAUUACAAAUCUGAUAUC